AUGAGGAUCGUGGCCCCAAAUAUAACUGUUGAAUUAGAGAACAGAACACUUAGUUAUGGCUAUGCAAAUACUGAAGGGUUUUUUAGAACAACAGUAAAUGAAAACCAACUAUGCUAUCAGCUUUUGACCACGCUCACUGACUUGGGUAUCUCGCUCGGUGACGUGCAUUAG